AUGCUUUCCAGAACUACAGCAUUGUUGGACACACUUCGCCAGCAUACAGACUCGGUUACAUCUCAGCCCCGAGAACACGUACGAGAAUAUACCAUAUCUGACGAAAUCAUUGCACGAAAGCUACUUCGUGAGGUGGAGUUGCCGAUUGAUCUUACACCUCUGAAUGUCGCUGCUACGCUCAAGGCUGAAAUCGUUCGAAGCCGAGCUCAUUUGACAACAACUAGCCGUGUCGUGGAGCGUGAGGUUUCGCGAGUACUGGCGUCCUCAACACUUCCUCCAGCAGUCUUAUCUAGUCUGUUCGGGAAAAUGGUUACCUUGUUCGACACUAUCCGGAAGACUCGGAAUUUGUGGCUGCCAGAUGAGAUUGAUGUGGAAGAAAUGCAGAUCCUACAUAGAACUGGAAAUCACAGGCAGCAAUUCCAUGCCCUGCGCGAUUUUCUAGCGCCCCUUCAAACCAUUCUGGCACGUCUUGCGACGACAAAUACGAACGGAGACCCUUAUCUUUCUCAGCUUGGACAUCUGGGGGUUCUUAAUCCAUCUUAUGUGCUUCACUUUGUCUCGAAUGCAGCGGGUGGAAAGACUUCUGAGAUACUUUCACCUCCCGAGGAAUUGCGUCAAGUUUGGAAACGAGUUGCAAACGAGCGCCAAGCGCCCGAAGAUAAAGGCCAGUUUGGUCCUUUCACUGCCAAUCUAUGGCAAACUGAGUGGCGUGUCAAAGAUGCUACUAUGCCACCAGUCUCGAAAGCAGAAGUGGAGGCAGUCUUUGGAGCACAUGCCACGAUAUCCUCUUCGGCGAAUUUGAGACUUCCUUACUUCUGCGGCGCGAACAAAUAUCGACUGGUUGAAAACGACCCAAUAGUGGUAGACGCAACAGAACGAGGUUUUCAUAUGACAAGUGGUCCAUCUGGGACUGCAUAUCGAUUUUUGAGUAUGUGGUUGACACUGGGGGGUGACAGACGAGAUUUGGAGACAAUUCGUCUUGGCGCCGUUACAUUGCUGCUUAAUGGCAACCAUCAUUCGGUGAUGGAAGCGAUGUUGGUUUGCGCCCCUCUGGUUGGAUGCAAACCCCCAAAUGAUCUUACAGAAAUGCUUAAGCAGCUUGUGCCGCAUGACUUAAAAUUGGUAUUAGGGAAUGUGCAACAUUGUCUGACUGCAGAGGAGUUUGAUGAGAGGCUUGCUCGUAGGCUUGAAGAUCUUGUAGCAUAG